AUGGAUGUUUCUUCCACUUCCGAUGAUGAUGAAAUAACCCUCUUGCGCACUUGGGCCCUGACUGUCACUCAUGUGCAUGGUGAUUAUACGGAACAGAAAUUCAAUGCAGAGAAGACAGGAGGAGACCCAGUUAUACCUUCUCCAAAACCUAGACACGAUCUGGCAUAUAAAAAUCCACAAAUUGAUCUCCCAAAGGACACGGGGCGUAAUGAAGAGAGAGAGGAAAAGUUGCUCGAGAGGUGUCCUCCUGGCCAUGAGGGCACAAAGUUGAUCGACAUACCCGCGACAAUUCUGAUGCAUCCGGUGCCAUCAUCGCAUGGUACCUCCCAGAACGCCUUGACCGAUGCCACCCAGAAUGAAAUUUGGGCGGCCUCGGAUUUGCUAGCUCCCAUGCUCGAACAAAGCAUAAAGCUCGAUGGGAUUUGGCGGACUAAUCAACAGUGGUUCACACCAAGCUCGAAAAUGAUAAUCAGUCACUAUCCGGAGGUAUCUGCAUCAUUGAAGGGACCAUCCUCCGAGAAAUCCUCAAAGCCAUUGAGGCCAGCAGCCAUUGCCACAGCGGCACUCAGGGUGAUGCAUCCUGAGCAGUAUGGGCAGGGUUGCAAGCCUUUGCGAGCCUCGGAGAAAAGGCACGAAGCAAGGAACUGCCGAAGAUGUCAGAGACUCUCCAGUACUGGGCAACGGUGUUUAAACAGCCUCACCAUAAUGCAAUCGGGAAAACCCCGAAUCAUCGAGACCCCUCAUCGAUUUCCGAAUGCUUCGAUAUUCUCACUAGCGUGGGGAAUUAUUCUAAUGCUCGAUGAGUAUGCCAAGCCUGCAGCUAGAGUUAAGGAUGAUCCGGGGUGCAUGAUUGCAUUUUCGGGAAGGAUUGUCAGACACGCAGUUCAUGCAGUGGAAGGGGAUCGGAUUGCCUGGGCAUGGUAUAUGAGGGAUGCUGUUCAUGUUUUAUGCUGGAUUCCGUCGUUGGAUGGGCAAGUGUCGAAUCUCGGCUUCGGGCUUCGUGUUUCGGGUCUCGAUAAUAGGGACUCGAUACUCGAUGGUCGGCACUCACAUCUCGGGCUUCGGGAGUCGAUUGUCGGGACUCGGGUUUCAAGACUCGGUAGUUGGGACUCGAUAGUGCGGAUUCGGGUUUCAAGACUCGGUACCCGUACUCGGGGUUUCGGUACUCGGUGA